AUGAAAAGAACUAAUAGACGAAAUCGGACUAUUAGAACACCCGAAAACGUGGACAGAGUAAGGUAGAAUUCAUUGCGGAGCCCCAACCGUUUUGUCCGUUUGCGCGCCGUUUCUCAUUGGGUCAACGAAUUAACUGUACGUCGGAUCUUAAAAAUUGAUUUACCGUUUCAUCCCUAUAAAACCUAAGUUUGCUACAGUUAUUGACAGGUGAUUACCAACAGCGUGUUAAUUUUAUUCAGUUCAUGAUAGAACUUAUUGACAAUAAUGACAACAUGAUUUUGUUUAUGAGUGACGAGGCUCAUUUCCACUUGAAUGGUUAUGUCAAUAAUGUCACUACUGGUCCUCGUAAACCCACAACAGUUGCAUGAGGAACCUCUGCGUACUCCAAAAGUCAUAGUUUGGUGUGCAAUAGGCGUACCGUAAAUUAUUGGCCCUUAUUUUUUCGAGGACGACGUAUAAACGACCACUUUAAAUUCAGAGCGUUACAACGAAAUGCUGACCUAAUUUUUUUUUCCUAAGCUUCAACGAUGGCAUGUCUGUGUCAGAAAAGUGUGAUUUUAACAAGAUGAGGCAACAUCACAUACAGCUCGUGCCUCAUUUUUUCGCCAAAAAUUCGCCGGACGUCUUAUUUCGCGCUUUGGGGACAUUCGUGGCCCCCUUGCUUUCCUGACUUCACAAUAUGUGAUUUUUUUUGGUGAAUUUACUUAAAAUCAAAAAUUUAUCAAUACAAGCCACGGACGAUACAAGGCCUUGAUGAAUUGAAGGACGAUAUCAUACGAGUAGAGGGAGAAGUUUCGGGACAGAUGCUGACCGACGUGAUGAGUUCGUUUCGCGAGUGCCUGCAUUCCUGUAUUGCGGCUAAAGGGCGCCAUAUGACUGAGAUUAUUUUCAAAACCUAAAUUUUAUUACAGAUAAAAAUACUGCAUACGUUUCUACAUUUUUUGAUGUAUUAAAAAUUAUUUUACUGAAAUUACUUUUAGCGUAGCAUCAUUUUGAAAAACAUGCGUUUGUUCUGACGGACCUAACCUAACCUAACCUAACCUAACCUAACCGUACUAUGGAUGUAGUUAUAUUAGCCGCUUGUUUUUUCCAAAAUAUCCUCCUACUUAGUGGUAUUUUUUCGGGCCAUACACGCUGGUGAACAUGCAAACCAAUCAGAAAAAUUAAUUUUUUCGUUUACAAAAUUGAAAAUUUUGAUUAAGAUAAUUGUCUUUUUACGAUUUUUCUUUAUUAUUAUUACUAUUUAUUUAAUGCUAAGCAACUUUGGUAGAACAAGUAGGUAAUUUUAAGUACUUGAUAUUUUUUUAUUUUUUUUAAAGGUAUUUUUAUUUGGUAGGUAUCUGUUAUUAAAAUCAUAUGACUUAAGAGAAAUGUUUGAAUAUUUAACACAUGGUAUAUUAUAAGUUAUACUUAGUGAUUUAAAAAACAAAUUUGGGUUUAAUGUAUUAGUUUUAGCUUCUAAGUAGAGUAAAGAAUGUAUAGGUUUUAAAAAAGUGUUUUUUUUAACUGUGAACCACUUUUAUUCCCGCAUUUUUCUUUCGAUUUUCAAAUAUAGCACUAUAAAAAAAAAAUCUGACUGCAGUAGUACUUUAGGGAGGUCGUUUUUUAAUUUUUUCCAGCUGUUUUUAUAACAAAUGGAUAUAAAACUAAAUUCUUACUCAAGUAACUACCUACCUAAUGAAGUAAAGAAAGAUAAGUCCCUAGGUUUACAAUUUAAAGUGAUCAAAAUUUUGUAAAUAUCGUCAUAAUUAAUGAAUACCUAAUAAUAUUAAGUCAACAUAGUUAGAUAAAUUGUACAUGGGCCUGAAAUAGAGAAGUGUGACAGAGAAGCACUCACUGGUUUGUGUGCAAAGUAAUAGAUUCUGCAUAUUUUGAAAAUCUGAACAUAACUUCUGGUUCCGCAAAUUAUGAUCAUUAUUAGUAUGUAUUUUUACUUUUGUACAGGUACCAUAAUCGAGUCCCAGACGUCUACACGUUAAAUCACACGGAAGAUGAUGAUGAUGACGCUUGUAAGAGCGUCGUGGACGUGAAGUUAUUCAAAAUUAUCGGAUUGUACCAACUGCUGCAGCCAUCCGGGAUCCACGUGAAAUGGUAUCGGAAAGUUUUGUUGGGAGUUUUGUGGAUAACUUUCGGUUUGCAGAUCGUGCAAAUCUACGGAUUGUAUUACGCACAAAAUGAUCUACGACGUUUCUCCAGUAUGACCCUGUUAGUGGUCUACGGCCUCAUGUGCCUAUACAAAGGGUUAGUGCUGGUAAACCAUGGGGACCGAAUAUGGUCCACUUUGGACCUAGCCCUGUACGGGUUCGUGUCAUCUGGUCAACGGAACCCGGCCAAGCUCGACCGGUGCAAGCACAUGCUAACACUGCUGCUCCGAAUGUUCAUAGUCUGCAGUUAUUUCACGCUAGUCAUCUGGAUCAUCGGUCCAUACUUCAUAGAGGGUAGUUUGUCUAUUACCAACCUAGACGGCACCGUCAGCAAUUACCGGUUAACAAUCAACAAUCUGUGGAUUCCUGUGGCCGACUAUGUGUACAACAUGUCGGCUAUCUGGGCUCUGCUUUAUCUAAUGGAAUCGUUUAUACUGGCCAUCAACGUGUUCUGUUGGACAAUAUUCGACUGUUACUUGCUCACCAUGUGUUUCGUGCUAAACGCCCAGUUCCAUACAAUAGCGUUUGUAUACGAGACGAUCGGCCACCAUUUACCACUACCGUCACCGAGCUUCGUCAUUUCGGGUUUGCAUACAAAAUAUCACUUUUUAUUUACAAUUAAUGCUGGUCUUUUACAGCUUCUGUACCAAAGAUCUUCACUACUUUGAAGCUUUUACAUACUCAAUUUUUACUAAUUUUCUUAAUAUUUCUAAAUUACUUGUUAUGCUUGGUAGUUGAGUCUUGAUCGAAUUUUUCUUGGUUUUUCUUGAAAGACAUAUACAUCUUUCAAGAAAAACUAAGAUGAGUAAAUAGUAAAAUACGAGUAGUAUACCAACUACAUAAUAUAACUAUACCUACACAUCGUUUUAAUUUAUUAUGCGAUUUGUUUUUGUGAUUUGUUUGUUAGUAUAAUUAACUAAUAUAUGCAUAUCAAUUUGCAUUUGCCGUUUUUAAUGCAUUAUAAGUAGGUACCUUCUUAAAAUAUAUGUUUUGAAUAAAAUAAAAUAAAUAUAACUAUUAUUGCAUGUGUAAAACAAUAAAGCAACUUGGACGGCAAUAAUCCUAAGACAAUAUUAUACCACAAAUUCUAUUAUAAAACCAGAUGGUACAUUUCUUAACUUACUGAUAACUUGAACCCACCUUAAUGCAGUAGGAUCACAUAUAGUGAAUAAACUAUUGUACAACACCUUUUACGAUAACUAUUGUAUCAAAUAAUAUUUAAUACAUAUUUUGCAUUAAAUAGGUAUACAAAAGGUCAAUACAAAUUAAUGGAAUUCCAUAAACUUAUCUGAAUUUUGAGUAGAUUUCAUUUACUGGUAAAUUGGUAUUAAUAUUUGGGCCUAUAUUUAUUCUACCUACAAUGUAGGUCAUACAUGUACAUCUUUGUAACUCUAUUAUAGAUUAUAAUUCGAUUUUAUCUAAUCUGUAACUAUAUAUUUAAUACUAUGUUUAAACUAUGUACAAUUAAAGAAUUAGUGAAAUAGUGAUUUAAGGAAACAUCAAUAAUACUUGAUGGCUGGAUGUCCAAAGAGUAGGUACGUUAUAUAUUUAGCAAUAAAUAAUUUAAAUACAAACCAGCACAGUUUGGCACAGAACAGGUUAGCUGACUCAAGAGUCAAUUUAAAAAAAACAAGGAGGAAGAAAAUGAUAUAAAAAUAAAACGAAUUUGUGUCUAUUACACUGGACGUAAGCCUGUUUAUUAAAAUGUUCUUUAAUAAUGCAAGAGUAAAAGAAUAAACAAAUAUGAUUUACAGGUAAUGCAAUUUAAAAGUGCAAAAUAAUAAAAAAAAAAAAUGUGCCUUUUUAAAAAUAUUGUAUUCAAUUAAAAUUUUGUUAUAAUGUUAGUUAUACAUAUACAUUUUAUUAUUAUUUCGCUGACCCCCAACCUACUCUCUUAAUAGAUAACAUUAAUUAACUAAUAAUCAAGUGAUUGUACCGAAUUCAUAUUUUUACAGUAUUUCACAACACAUUUUCGAUAUGCAAUACUUUUGAUACUCUUUAUUAUUAAAAUGAGAAAUCGCACGAAAAAAAAAUUGAAAGAAUGAGAGAAUUAUAACAAAUUAGUUAGAAAUAUAAAAAGCGUAGCCGUACAAACAGCUGAAAAAUCACAUGGGCAAGGAAUUAGGCACCAGUACUACGGUGUCAUAGCAAUAAGCGUCAUCAAUCAAUAUUUUUUUUAAAGAUUUUUUUUCGUAUGAGUGACCACUCUGAUUUUUGGUAGAUUUUGGUUUGUUUACAUUUUUGAGAUUACAUCGGCUGAAUAGCAGGUGUACCAUUUGGUUAUUUUUAUAUAAACUGUGAUUAUACUAUCCACAACGGGAGCGCGUGAAAAUAUGAAAUAUACAAAUCUGGAAAGUACAAAUCUUGAAUCCAGGGUUUUACGGAUAUCGAAAUCUGAACCUACAAACCUGGAAUGUAAAAAUAUGGAAUAUUAUAUUCAUACUCACUUAAUGUCACCAACUUCGAUUAAAACAAUCCAAAAACUGCAUAUCUAGUGCAUAUUUUUACUAAUGAUUAAUUACAGGCGUUUUUAUUGAUUUCCAAUAAGCAAUGUGAGGUUGGAUACAUUGAAUAAUUUUUGGUUUUUGCAUUUGAUUUAAGUUAGAAGUUAAAACUCUCCAGUAUCCUGUGUAUUAAGUUGAUGAAGUAAACUUGGUCAAUAUUUAUAUAUUAUAUAUCUAUAAUAUAGGAUGAUUCAUUUUGAUUUUAGAUUCUGAAUGGAGCGAAGAAGCUUAUAGUUUUACAAAGAUGUUUUUUUUUUUUUAUUCCUGCGCAACUAUUCUACCAAAAGAUUUGCUUGGAUGUUUACGUGUAGCACUUUUUCCGAUAGGAUAAUUCUAAUCAGCGUGAAAAGGUACUUUACCAGGUUUAAGGAGGUCAUUUUUAGAUUUUCUCAAGUUUUCCCAUUAAAUUUGAAAAUCCGAAAAAACAAAAAAAAAAAAAAAAUGUGAUAUUGCUGCGUCCGUCCCUAUUAUUUAAUAUAUGAACUUGUAGUUUCUUUUGUUACAUUAUAAAUAUAUAUCUACUUUUUUGCUGGCACGUCCCUGAAAGGAGACGAGGGGGGCGAUCGUCCCCCCUCAUAAGCCGCGUGAUACUCUUUUUUGUUGUACAAAAUAUUUAUAGUUCUUAAAUACGAAUAAGUAAAAAUGCAAAUGCUUCCAAAUACCAUAAAGAUGAUUUUUGAUCUUGGAAAUACUUUGAUUGAAAUAAUAAUGAAACACUUCUCAUUUAUAAAUGUCAAUAAAUAUUCUUUCAAGUGUGAAAUAGAAUUAUGGGAUACUAAGCGGAAACAAUAAAUUCGUAAAGAUAUAAUAAAAUAAUAUAGACAUUUUUAGAAUCAAAAUUGGAAAUGAUUAAUUUAAUUUAAAUUUUAGUCUUUGAGUGUAAAAAUCAAUGUACCUAUUGGAUUUACAAUGACAUUUUUUUUUUUUUUAUACUUUGAUAAAUAUUUUUACCAGAACUCUUACUGCAAUAUAUAAGUGUAGCACCAUUUUUUGAAAAAAAAUAUUGUUAAAUUUACUAGAAGGUACUUUAGAAAGUUUAUCUUUUGAUUUUUAAAGCAGUUUUCAUAAUAUCAGAAGAACCCAGGAUAAAACGUAAAAAAAAAACGGGAAAAUUUACGAAUUAUUUCUUUUAUUGUUCUUGAUUUUGUGUUUUGUUUUAAUUCACUAAAAAAAUAUUCGUAGAGACUUGAAAUUUGGACAAAAAACUUAUAUUUGUCAUUUUUGACGUGGUAAAAUUAUUGAGCAAUUUAUAGACAAUUUAAUUUUUCGAGUUUUGUCCGUAAUUUUUAUUCGGUAUGUACGCUGUGGAUAAAAUUGUUAGACCUAACAAAAAUACUUGAAAAUUUAACAUAUGAUUCAUUAAAAAUUAUACUUUUUGGCAAAAAAAAAAAUUUGAGCAGAGGCUAACUGGCUCAUCACUUUUAAAUAUUCAUCGAAUGGAAAAAAAUUGUUGAUUAAGCCGCUUGCAAAAUGCUGAUUAAAGUAUUUUGUACUUGGUCAUCUAAUUUUUUUUAUUACUUUUGUUGUUCAUAUUAUCAUUAUUUUAGUUAUUAUUUAUUUAAUGGCAAAAAAUAAAUUUAACUUUUAAAUUGCACUGUUUUACUUCAUUUGUACAAGAUAUCUGCAAUAUCCUAGCCUAAUAUAAGUUGAAAUGAUAUCAAACAUAAAGUUUUUAAGCUUUUGUUGACCAAAGCGGUGAUCUAUUCAAGAAUAAAAAUUGUUCGUCACCCCCUUCCAUGAAAUUUGACCCGAAAACGCCCUUGAAAAAUACUAUAACCCAGCUCCACUCAGAAUCCUUUUUUGUUGACAAUGCUUUAAUUUACUUAGAUACAGAUAUACAUUAAAUUUCCUUCAAUAUUCUAUCUUUUCACCUUCUCAUUUAUAACAGUAGUCCAUCCAUCGUGUGAAUUAUGCCAGUCUUUUUUUUUUAUCGAUCAUUAAUAUCAAAUUUAAUUAUUUCACCCCUCCACCUAUAACCAAGGUCUGAAUCAAGACGCCUCUGCUUUUUUGAAACUUUUAAGUGUAUUUAAAUCUGAUGUUUUCGAAUACUUAGAUUUUUUACAAUAUUUAAGGAGUAUUCUGUGGCGAAACCAACUUUGGAUUUUCAAAAUAUAUAUGAAAAAUAUUAAAAAUUCCAUAAAUAGACGGAGUAUUCCUCUAAGUAAAUUUUAGUGUCAACAUUUUUGAUUUCCGUCACCCCUUUAACGAAAUAUUCCCUUUUUAGGUAGGUUUAUGCAGUUUAGUUAGGGGGAGAGUAGUGGAGUAUUAUUUGUGUGGUGUCAUAACGCGUAGCAUUUGAUUAGUGCUCCAUUACUCUCCCCCUGUAUAAAUUUAAGAGUUGAAUAUCUUAAUGUUAUGGAAAAUCUAAGUAUUUGGAAAUGUCGGCUUUAAGUACACUUAAAUGGGGUGAGCAGGCUUAGUGGAUCUCCCUGUAUAUAUAUAUUAUUGUAUUUACUAUAAAAAAAAUAUUAAAUAUAUUAUGUCUAUGGUUUAGAAGUAAGCAAUACAAAAAAUGAAUAUGGCAAUAGGUAUUGUAUAAAUGUCUCUGCUACAAUUUUUUACCUAAGUAUGUUGUUUAUUUGUGUUUCUUAGAAUUUAACAAAUACUUUAAAUUUGAACUAUUUACUACAACGAAUUUUCUCAUUUUUGGCAAUAAUUUAAAAUUGCAAUUGAUAAAUGAUACAUAAAAAAAUUUAAACAAAUUCUUCAAUUCUCAAAUAAACUUUAAUGUUUAAUUUAAGAAUAUUUAAGAGGUAUUUAAGAAUUAAUUAUUGUGAUAACCAUGAAUCAUGAUACAGAAUAAUAAACUGUUUACAAUUAUACCAUAAUGAACUAGUUUAUUAUACUACAAAACAGAUAUAACGAUUAUAGUAAUGAUAAAUUUAUUAUAUUAUUCACGACUAUAAAGAUGUUAGUCCUUGAUUUUAAUUAUGAAAUUUGAAAAAUUGGAAUAUAUAUGAUGUAUAAUUAUAUAUAAAAAUUCAGAUUUUUUCAUUCGAAGUUGAUGACACUGAGUGGGUGUGAACAUUACUUUCCAAAUUUUUACAUUUCGGACUUUAUAUUCCAGGUUUAUACAGUUUAGAUUUCGAUAUCCGAAAAACCAUGGAUUUAAAAUUUGUACUUCCCAGAUUUGUACAUUCCAGAUUUUUACAGGUAUCCUCUACAACUGUGGGUAAAAUAUUUAUCAUUUAUGUAUACGAUAAUAUUUAAAAUUGUUGCUAAAUACAAUGGUUUAAAAAUUAGUACCUAAAUAAAAGUUUUUAUUUAUAUUGUUGUUACAGAUAUUCAUUUAAUGAAAAGUGAUGAAAUAAAAUUACAUUAUAAUGAUGAAUUGGUUCACAAUAUAAAAAAUGGCCAAAAAAUAAUGACGUACGUAUCUUCACAAAAGUGUUCAAUUACACAAUAAAACUAUAGUACCUGGGCUAACAAAAAGUGAUUCGCAAUUGUAAUGUGCCUAAAGUUUUCUUUUUUUUUCUUUUCUAUUCUUAAUGGUAUUAAAUUGGGAAUAUUAGGAGUAGCGAGUGAAUAAUACAGCGUUAUUUAAUAGUUAUUUAUCGCAUUUAGGUAAUAAAUGUUCGUUUUUUAUCCACGAUACUAAAUUUCACAACAAUUCAGUUAACAUUUGAAUCGAAAUUUAUGAUAUUAGAAAAACAGGUUAAGUAACCCGAACUAAAAACAAUAGCUAAGCGCUUGACGAUCGCGACUCACUUUUUAAAGCCUAGCUAAAGUCAAUAUCGUCGUGUUUGUGUGCAUGAUAAUUUUUGCAUAAUAUACUACGAGUAUAUACCAUAUAUCUACAUCUUACAUGUAUAAUGAUAAUCGUGGAACUCGUAAUCUAAAGCCUAUAUUGUGCUCUGUUCAUUCUAUAAAUUCAUAAAUUCUAAAAAGUAAAAAUGUAUACAAAAAAAUACAUAUUUGUUCAUAAAUUAUGCAGGUGGUCUAAAUUUUGCUAUGUUUUGCAUUUACCUGCAGUAUAUAAAUUGUAUAAUAAAUGAUUAGGACAUUGAAUACACGGGAGAUAUAAAUGACGGGCGUCAACUAAACCUGUAUGGCGGGGGAAUACUUUCUGGGCGGGGGUCAACUAAACCAGUACCUAUUUAAAAAAUAUGGCUAAUACCUACUCAAUAAUGUAUAUCAGCUGUUAUCAUAACUUUUAUUUACAUUAAACAAAUAAAAUAUUAUAUAAAUUUAAAUGUUUAUUUAGGAAACUUGAUGAUUUUUUUAACAUCGUUCGUCCUGUGGUCCUAGCCCAAAUAGUCAACGGUUCAACAUCAGUGAUUAUAUUAAUCUAUCAGAUCUCAUUAGUAAGUUUUUUUUGAUAAAUUCACUAACGUUUUUGGGUCGAAUAAACACGUACUCAAUAAUUAUACUUACUGAUUAUCUUUUAAACUGAAUUUAAAUUUUAUCUUUUUUUUUUUUUAAUUCAGAUGUAUAUUGAAGGUUCUCCGAUUAUAUCUAUUGAGUUUUUGAAACUUUUCUCUGGUUUUGUGUCACUUAACAUCGAACUUUACAUGUAUUGUUAUGCGUUCAAUCACAUACAAACAAAAGUACUAAUAAAAAAUAAUUAUUUUAGCAUAAAACUUAAAUUUGUAAAUUUUAUUUUAGAAAGAUACGUUGAAUUUUGGAUUAUACUGUAGUAAUUGGACUGAAAUGGAUAUCAAAUUUAAAAAAAAAUUGUUGAUAGCAAUGAACUUUAAUACCGCUCAUAAACAACAGAUAAAAACAAGUCCACAAUCGAUUAUAAAUCUGGAAAUGUUCUCCAAUGUAAAUGUCUUUUGA